AUGUCAUCCUGUUAUCUAUCUAUCUAUCUAUCUAUCUAUCUAUCUAUCUAUCUAUCUAUCUAUCUAUCUAUUCUGAUCAUAUCUAUCUAUCUGAGUCUGUUCUAUCUAUCUAUCUAUCUAUCUAUCUAUCUAUCUAUCUAUCUAUCUAAUUCUGUCUAUCUCAUUUUGUUCAUUACCUAUCUAUCUAUCUAUAUUUCUUUCUUUUCUUUUUUUCUUUUAAUCCUGUUAUCUAUCUAUCUAUCUAUCUAUCUAUCUAUCUAUCUAUCUAUCUAUCUAUCUAUCUAUCUGUUAUUGUCAUCUAUCUAUUAUCUAUUAUCUAUCUAUCUAUCUCAUCCUAUCUAUCUAUCUAUCUAUCUAUCUAUCUAUCUAUCUUCUGUUCAUUAUCUAUCUAUCUAUCUAUUUCUAUCUAAUUCUAUUUCAUUAUCUAUCUAUCUAUCUAUCUAUCUAUCUAUCUAUCUAUUUCUUUUUCUUUCUUUUUUCUUUCUAUGUCAUCCUGUUAAUUAUCUAUCUAUCUUUCUUAUCUUUUCUAUCUAUCUAUCUAUGUCUGUUCAUAUUAUCUAUCUACCUAUCUAUCUAUCUAUCUAUCUCUAUCUCUAUCUAUCUAAUUCUUUUUCAUUAUCUAUCUAUCUAUCUCAUUUUGUUUUCCAUCUAUCUAUCUAUUUCUUUUUUUUUUUCUUUCUAUAUCAUCUGUUAAUUAUCUAUCUAUCUAUCUAUCUAUCUAUCUAUCUAUCUAUGUCAUUGUCUAUCUAUCAUCUAUCUAUCUAUCUAUCUAUCUAUCUAUCUAUCUAUAUCAUCCUGUUUUAA